ACCCUGCGUUCUUGUCGAAGACCAUAAUUGCUAGAGCAAAUUUAUUCGGGAUUGCGCGCCGUUCGAGAGACCCCGCAGCCAGAAUCUGCUCAUCGGCCGCGGCGAUGCGAUCGAAUGUGAGGCGCACGCGCGGGCGGGCGGGGGCUUCGCUCUUAUCGCGUCUCGAGCGGUCCCCAAUCUCUUCCUCUACCCCCACUCGCAUCGCCUGCUACCUCUACCAACUAUGCCUGGCCGCCUCGAGCACAAAGUCGCGAUCGUCACCGGUGCCGCAUCCGGCAUCGGCCUAGAAUCCGCUGUCCUCUUCGCGACGGAGGGCGCCGCGGUCGUGCUCGCGGACGUCAAUGUCGACGCCGCGCAGAAGGGUGCGGACCUGAUUACGCAGAAGAUCCCGGGCGCGCGCGCGAUCGCGGUGAAGACGGACGUGAGCAAGGAGGAGGAUAUCAAGGCCGUCGUGGACCGCGCGGUCAAGGAGUGGGGGAGGUUGGACGUGAUGUUCAACAAUGCAGGCAUCAUGCACCCCGAGGACGACAACGCGCUCAACACCGAGGAGCGCAUCUGGGACCUCACCAUGAACAUCAACCUCAAGGGCGUCUGGUGGGGCUGCAAGUACGCGAUCCUCGCGAUGCGCCAGAACCCGACGGACCCCGCGAAGGGCCUCACAGUCGGCGGGAGCAUCAUCAACACCGCGAGCUUCGUCGCGCUCAUGGGUGCGGCGACCCCGCAGCUGGCGUACACGGCGUCGAAGGGCGCCGUCCUGGCGAUGUCGCGCGAGCUCGCGAUGGUGCACGCGCGGGAGGGUAUUCGCGUGAACUCGAUCUGCCCGGGUCCCCUCAAGACGCCUCUCCUCAUGAACUUCCUCAACACCCCCGAGAAGCGCGACCGCCGCCUCGUGCACCUCCCGAUGGGUCGCUUCGGCGAGGCCAUCGAAGUCGCCAAGGGCGCGCUCUUCCUCGCCUCUUCCGACAGCAGCUACGUGACGGGCCAGGACUUCAAGGUUGAAGGUGGUCUCACCGCGGCCUACGUAACUCCUCUGGGCGAGCCCGCCCUCGAGCCGCCGGCCAGCCUUGCGAGCUCGAUCUGACUACAUGGUGGAUCGACUAGAAAGAGCUAUCUGUGAACGAUGUAUAGACGUGUAGACGAAAGAUGUAUGUUCUGUAUGUGUGUAUACCAGUCUACUCUGUUUCUUUUCAUCUGUCUCAGGCUGUGUGGCACACUGCUAUAAUUGCCACAAAUUGCCAGUGGAUAUACAAAUUCACUCUUCAUUACAG